ACGGCAGCGGCUGAUGCUAACCAGAGCAAUGUGGCAGCUGCUGGGCAUAAAAGUGAUGGGGCUGAGGGGCUGCAGGGCUCACCAUGAAGUCAGGCAGAGGUACUGCAUCCAACCUGGAGGAGCUGGAAAGUGGCAGCAGCGAGAGCAGCUCCGGGCAGUCCGUGCCUUCCGCUGGGGCCCAAAGCAAGCGCAAACGGAAGAGCCCUCGUCUGAGUGGCCUGAGCAAGCAGAGGCAAGCCGCCAAUGCCCGGGAGAGGGACCGGACCCACAGCGUCAAUACAGCCUUCAGUGCCCUCCGCACGCUCAUCCCCACUGAGCCCAUUGACCGCAAGCUGUCCAAGAUAGAGACCUUGCGCUUGGCUUCAAGCUACAUCUCCCACCUGGCCAACAUGCUGCUCUUACAGCAACAGCAGCAAAACGAGGACUUGGGAGCAGAAUCGGGGACAGUGAAACAGCCCUGCUUGCAGUAUCAGCCUCUCCUGCAGGGCGGCGGCAAUGCAGCAGUGCCAAGACCAAUCUGCACUUUCUGCCUGAGCACCCAGAGGAAACUGCACAGAGAAAGAGAGAAACACUUGUCUCUUUGAUAGUUUUGUGGACACUGAUUCAAAUGAGAAGCUUGCACAAGUCCUGGACUGGCUGUGGAACAGUUGUAGGUAACGUCUCUGCACUCAUGGACUAAUGUUUACAUUCAAGCUAUGCAGUUAUAAAACAAGAAAAGGGAAAGAAACUCCUGUUUGCACUUUGUUGUCCACUGCAACGGGCUUAUUCAGGGGGCUUUUUGCAAAUGAAAUUGAACACGGUGGGACAAGUUGCACCUGGUGUGGCAGCUAUUUUUGUGCAAGAAAUGCUAAACCUAAGCAGCCAUGCCCUGAUACUGAGCCUCCUAAACCUAUGUCACAUGAUGAAACCUGA